AUGGCAGCGCACAAGAAGAACCACCACCACCACCAUAGUUACAUCUCCGUACCUUCACAAAUCAUCGGCUCCAUCUCCCAAUCGUCGCUCGAUUCCCUUCUCCGGUCGCCGAGGAAGAACCACCACUCCCCGUGGUCCAAGCUCAGGGCCUUCUUAAAAUCCCCGAGGUUUUUCAUCCUCUCGAUUUUCGCCUUCGGCCUCCUGUGGACGUCCAUGCUGUGGCUCGAUUUCGACCCCUCGGCGCCCUUCGCGCAGAGCCCGUGUCAGGUUCGUGAAGAAAUUGAGUCAAAAUCCGGUGGGGUUUUGGGUUCCCGCCGGAGUAUCGACGAAGGCGACGCCGGAAUCGAGUUCUGGCGGCAGCCCGACGGGAUGGGGUACAGGCCGUGUUUGGAUUUUAGCGAACAGUACCGUAAGGAGAGUGUGGAGGUUUUGAAGGACAGGACUAAGUACCUGAUGGUGGUGGUCUCUGGGGGUAUGAACCAGCAGAGGAAUCAGAUUGUCGAUGCCGUGGUUAUUGCCCGAAUUCUCGGGGCAGCUUUGGUUGUGCCCAUUUUGCAGGUCAAUGUUAUUUGGGGUGAUGAAAGUGAAUUUAUUGAUAUAUUCGAUUUGGACCAUUUCAAGAGUGUUCUGUCGGAUGAUGUGAGGAUAGUUUCUUCGCUUCCCUCGACUCAUUUGAUGACAAGGCCGGUGGAGGAGAAGAGGACUCCCCUUCACGCAUCUGCCAACUGGAUUCGUUCGCAUUAUUCGAGAAAACUUAGGAGGGAUGGAGUAUUAUUAUUACGCGGUUUGGACUCCAGACUCUCAAAGGAUCUUCCAUCUGAUCUCCAAAAGCUUCGCUGCAAGGUGGCUUUUCAAGCUUUGAGGUUUGCUCCACAUAUAUUGGAUAUCGGCAAAAAACUUACAGAGAGAAUGCAGAGCAAGGGACAUUAUCUUGCCCUUCAUCUCAGAAUGGAAAAGGAUGUCUGGGUUAGGACAGGAUGCCUUCCCGGCCUAAGUCCCAAAUUCGACGAGAUUAUACACAACGAAAGAAAAGCUCGGCCCGAGCUUUUGACUUCAAGAUCUAACAUGACUUACCAUGACAGGAAGCUCGCGGGCCUUUGUCCGUUAAACGCCUUGGAAGUCGUAAGGUUGCUCAAAGCAUUGGGAGCUCCAAAGAGCGCAAGAAUCUAUUGGGCUGGAGGGGUUCCACUAGGAGGAAAAGAAGCCUUGCUGCCUCUGAUGAAGGAAUUUCCGAAUUUCUAUAACAAGGAAGAUCUUGCUUUGCCUGGCGAGCUUGAACCAUUCUCAAAGACGGCUUCAUUUCUUGCUGCUAUCGAUUAUAUUGUUUCUGAAAAUAGCAACGUGUUCAUGGCAUCUCAUGGCGGGAAUAUGGGUCAUGCCAUUCAGGGGCAUAGGGCCUAUGCAGGGCACAAGAAGACCAUAAUUCCGAACAAAAGACAAAUGCUUCCGUAUUUCAUGAACUCAUCGUUGCCCGAAAUUGAGUUCAACCAAAUCAUACUCGAUUUGCACCACGAUUCGUUAGGACAGCCCGAGCUUAGGACGAGCAAAACGGGUCGGGACGUGACAAAACACGAUGACUAA